GUGGGUGCAAGGGGCAAGCGAUGGCUUCUAGAGCUUCAUGGGAAUACCAUGGCGCCUCACAGCAAAGCCAGGGAGCUUUACUAGUACAAUUUUCCAAUGGAACAAUCCAGUCCCCUGAAAGUGUGAAUUUCACUUUAUAUGGCAACAAAGAUGACAAAAAUCCUAAAACAAAAAGACAGAAGAUUCUGGCUGCGGAAACUGACAGACUGAACUAUGUAGGUAAUAAUUUCUCCUCUGAUACACUGAAGUGCAGUUCACUGUGCAGGUACUUUGUGGGUGUUCUUAACAAAGAGACUGGAAAGAUGGAAGUAUAUGAUGCUGAACAGUUUAAGAUGCAGCCAAUUCUGAAAAGCGGCAUGGAAAAUGAAUUGCACACUGAAGAUAUAGUGGACCAGCCAACAAAAAGUUAUCGAGAAAAGGUGGAUGCCCUUAUAGAAUCAUUUGGUACAAACAAGCAGAAGCGUGCUUUGAGUUCUCGAAAACUAAACCAAGUUGGCAGUGACAUUUUAAAUAAAGCUAUGGCUAAAGCUGCUGAAGAAAUCAUAGAAAGCCGAGGCACUACAGAGCUAAUUAAAGAUGCAGCAGAAAAAAGAGAACAAGAUACCUCUCUGUUCCUGCCUCCAUGUGAUUUUAAUGCAGACAAACCUGAAAAUGCUUACAAGUUUGAUAACCUUAUCUCUCCUGUGGAGUAUGCUGCUCUUGAAACUGCUUCUGCAGCUCUAAGAAAUAUAACUUCGGAAGGUCUCCAGCAGAUGGUAGAAGAAAAAAAGAGUGGUUUAUUUGUGCUUCAAGAACUUCAUGGCCUUCGUGAAAUUAAAGACGAGAAAGCUCUUGAUCAUCAGGCUCGCUGCUUGUGGUAUUUGGAUGCUUUGAUAAAGCUUAGCCAACUCAGGACAGUUAAACGAAAAGAUAUCUUGACUCCUGAAUGUCCAAGCGUCGUAUGUUGGAAACUCAUGAAAAAUUUCACAGUUGAAACUUAUAAGAAUGGCAGGAUACAGAAUGCCAUUUCUGGCACAACGAAAACUAAAAUAGUUGCCUAUAUCAUAGCAAUAGCGUUGCAUAUCUGUGACUUUCAAGUUGAUCUAACUCUCUUACAAAGGGACAUGAAGCUAAAGGAAAGCAGGAUUCUGGAAAUUGCUAAAGUCAUGGGUUUGAAAAUAAAAAAAAGAAUGAUGUACUCAGAGUCUUCAAUUGAAGAAGGUCACAAAAUUGGGUUGCUUACAAUCCCUCUGACUGUCUAUAAGCCAUCAGGGGGAGAGCUGAAACGAAAGAAAAUGUAAAGAAAUGGGCGAAGAACACAAAACCUUUACUGAAAAUACAGAAACUGUUGGACUUUUUGGAACUGUUGGAUUCUUGAAACCAAAUAUACAUACAUUUGAAAAAAAUCUGUUCUAUUAAAGUUGUUUUUUUGGAA